GAUGGCUUGCUUGAACACAUUAAAAUUGGAAAUAAAAACACUGGAAAAAAUAUUUACAAAAAACCAUGAGCGCUUUCAGAUACUGAAUUCGAGUGUUGACGAGUUGACAUGUCGUUUCAUUGGCAAAAACGGCAAACGUUAUGAUAUACACGCAAACAUUACGGAAACGUAUCCAUCCUCGCCACCCGUUUGGUUCGCAGAGAGUGAAGAGACAAGUGUAACAAAUGCCGUACAAAUACUCAGCAAUACGAAUGGACGUGAUAAUCAUGUUAUAAAUCAGGUUGGCAUAUUGCUACGUGAACUGUGCCGCCUGCACAAUGUCCCACUGCCACCCGAUAUUGAUAACCUCACAAUACCGUUUCAAUUACCACCCCCAAGUGCGUCACCAUUGCAUCAGCAGCCGGCAGCGCAGCAUCAAAUUGAGGACAUCGAUUCGGAUCAAGAUGAGGUAGAAGAUCUCAUAUGUGAGAGCGAGCAGGAGAGUGAGGGCGAUGAAGAUCUACCAUUGGAAAUGGAUGACGGACGCAGCGCGAAUAAAGUUGAGAAAGAUGAAAUGGAAGUGGAACAUCUGGCCACAUUAGAAAGACUACGACAAAGUCAAAGACAAGACUAUUUAAAGGGAUCUGUUUCUGGUUCUGUUCAAGCGACCGAUCGUCUCAUGAAAGAGCUGCGCGACAUUUACCGCUCCGAUUCUUUUAAGAGUAAUAUGUACUCCAUAGAGUUGGUAAACGAUUCGAUAUACGAGUGGAAUAUACGCCUGAAAUCAGUUGAUCCCGACAGCCCGCUACACAACGAUUUGGUUAUGCUAAAAGAGAAGGAAGGCAAAGACAGCAUAUUGCUAAAUAUUAUUUUCAAAGAAACCUACCCAUUUGAGCCGCCAUUCGUACGCGUCGUGCAUCCAAUAAUAUCGGGUGGUUAUGUGCUAGUGGGCGGUGCCAUAUGUAUGGAGCUACUGACAAAGCAGGGGUGGAGUUCCGCUUACACUGUGGAAGCUGUCAUCAUGCAAAUUGCCGCAACCCUCGUGAAGGGUAAAGCCAGAAUACAAUUUGGCGCUACGAAGGCAUUAUCGCAGGGUCAGUACAGCUUGGCGCGUGCACAGCAGAGCUUUAAGUCCCUGGUGCAAAUACACGAGAAAAAUGGCUGGUUCACACCGCCAAAGGAAGAUGGCUAAAAACCCAGCGACGCCAUCAAGUUUUUCUCUACCCUAAAUAGUGUGUAGUUCGUAUACAUAUUAAUAUACGUUUUUAUCAUUUCCUUGGUUAAAACAAAAUAAAAAACGCAAAUUAAAUAGAUCUUAUAAAUAUACUUAAAUUAUAGUUGAUAUAAAACGCAAACAAAUCUAUCCAUGUAUACAUAUAAAAAUGCACUAAGCAUGUAAGAGAAUUAGAAAAUGUUAGUAAACACAUUAAAGUAUAAGCAAAUAAUUAUAAAGAUGAACACACUUGGCAGGAAAGCGCAAAUAUUAUAGCAUAGUUUUAAAAAACUCUUUGUAAAUCAACACAAUUGGAACACACACACAGUGACAUAUGAUGACGUAUGUGAAUUCUGAAACUGAAAUAUUUAUAUAUAUGAUGGACUAAAGAUUUUUGCACACAGAACAUUUUCGUUUAUCAUACGCCAAAAGACCGUUUGCUAUUAAGAGUUCAUAAAUAUGUACUUAUGUAAAUGCAUGUUUAACAAAAUGUAUUCGGUGUCUCUUUUGAGUGUAAAAAUCAGUAACUACAUAGCGAAAAUAAUCAUGCCAGACAUUUUGCAUUAAGAAGUAAAUACGUUUCAGUUACUAGUAGUAGUGAAAAAAAAAACAUUGCAUAAAUUAAAUAUUUAAUUGUAUUUAUACAUAUGUGUGAGGUUAAGUUCAGUUACAAUUUCACUCAAUUAGAAGUGAGAAUUUAUGUUCCGAAAGAUUUUUAAAUUUAACGCACUACCGUAUGUGGAAAUGCUUGUUUAAAAUAUUGAAAAAAUAUAAAAUUACGAAAUACCACUCGUUUUUUGCAAAUAAUGAAACGUGCUUAAAAUGAAAAAUGAAGUUAUUACAAUUAUAAAAACACUUACACUUAUUACUCAGUUAAAAAAACGCAAAAAGAUAGCUCUAAACUGCUUUUAAACAAUCACAUACGAUAAUAAAGUAAAGAUUUAAAUUUUGUUUUAAUAAA